AUGUCUGAAGAUUUAAAGAAGCUAAAUUACAAGCGUGGCGCUAUUAAAGGUAAAAUUACAGCCUUUCAAAAGUUCGUCUCCAAUGCAGCAGCGGAGCCGCAACUGAGCGAGUUACAACUUGCAGAAUUGCAGCUGCGAUUUGAUAAAAUAGUACCGCUAUACGAUGAAUACGAUGCAUUACAGACGGACAUCGAGAUGUUGUCUGCGUCUACAAGCGGCGAGGACGUUGGCGAAGAGCGAGCUGUCUUCGAGGACGCCUACUACUCGAGCAUGUCGUCUGCGCAAGUCCUGAUUCAGAAAAAUUCGAGACGAGCUUCAGUUGGAAAUGAGUUCGAGAUUACGGCAACCAACAUCUCAUCGCUUCAGCGCUGGAAACGCGUCGAGCUACUCAAGCAGCAGUUCUGGCAUCGCUUCUCCACUGAGUAUGUCCUUUGGCUUCAACAGAAGACAAAAUGGCACGAAUCCACGGGAGAGCUUCAGGAAGGUGCUCUGGUUGUUGUCAAAGACAGAACUCUGCCUCCCCUUCUCUGGCAACUUGGUCGAGUCGUCCGAGUUAUUCCUGGCAGUGAUGGCAUCGCACGGGUGGCGGAUAUAAAAACAAAGAAAGGAGUCAUCCGCAGGGCUUUCAACAACAUCUGCCCUCUGCCUGUCAACAAUCAAAUUGCUCACCCUUGAGGCCGGGAGCAUGUUACGAAACGUUCGAAAACCACCCUGGUUUUCGAUCCUUUCUUCGUUUAGGUUAAGGCAUUUAUUUUCUAUAAUUAAAAUCAAUUUUUCCAAUUUUUAUCAAUUUAAUAAUAAUAAUUCAAUUUAAUUUUAAUUAAUAAUCAUGUAUCUGUUGACAUUUCAAUUUGUAUAUUC